GGGGAGCCAGCGCACACUCACUCGGGCAAGGAAUCUGGGGCUCAGGAGUCAGCAGCUGAGCUUUCUCAUCCAGGCUGUGCGCUCCAGUUGUUCUGCUUGUAGGAACAGAUGUCUCUUUCCUGGGAUGGUAACAUUUAGGUCCAUGAGGAAAUUAUUUUACCAGCAGCAAAUCUAACAUAGAAGUGAGAUCGAGCCAGAGAUUGCUGGAAAAUCAGUGACCAUGUCAACCUCCUCGACCCAGCUGCCAGUCCUUGACUCUAUCAACUCCACCCAGCAAAACAACUCCAGUACCUACUUGUUCUCCAAGUUCAUCCACUCUGACAGAGAACUGUACACAGAAUUUUACAGCCUGUGGAUUGCCCUGAUGAUAGUCAAUGCCAUCAUUUUCCUAGUGGGUGUUGUGUUGAACAGCUUGGCACUGUAUGUCUUCUGCUUCCGUACCAAGACAAAAACCACCUCUGUUAUUUACACCAUCAACUUGAUUGUUACUGAUCUCCUGGUGGGCUUCUCCUUGCCUGUCCGGAUCAUCAUGUUCUACAGCGCAGAGAACUGCCUGAAUUGUUCCUUGGUUCACAUUUUUGGCUACUUUGUCAACAUGUACUGCAGCAUCCUCUUCCUGACCUGUAUCUGCGUUGACCGCUAUCUGGCAAUUGUACAGGUGGAGGCCUCACGGAAAUGGAGGAACCCCACCUGUGCCAAGGGGAUCUGCAUCUUCAUUUGGGUCUUUGCUACUGUGGUGACUUUUUCCAUCCUGACCAUGGCAAUACAGUUUGCUGCAUGCUGCCUUUCCAAGAUUCUCGUUCUGAUGGUCUGUGAGUACUUCUUCCCCCUCAUUGUAAUUAUCUUCUUCACGACCAGGAUUAUGUGUGCUCUGUCCAAGCCCAGCCUCAUGCACCAGAGUCGGGAGAGAAGAAUGAGGGCUGUACAACUCCUUAUCACCGUCCUUAUCAUCUUCAUGAUCUGCUUCACUCCUUUUCAUGUGCGACAGGUAGCAAUCUCCAUCAACCCAGACAUGUCCCACAAUGUCAGCCUCCUUGUCUACCAUGUGACAGUGACUCUGAGUAGCCUCAACAGCUGCAUGGACCCCAUUGUCUACUGCUUUGUCACCAAUAACUUCCAGUCAACCAUGAAAAACAUCUUCAGGAAAACCGAGCCAGAGCAAACCAGUGUGGACAUCUUGGGCAUGAACAAGAGCUCCAAGGGCUCCAACGCAAUCAUGGCCUUCUCAAACACAAUAGGAAGCCCUGUGAGCUUGCCGUCACCAAGCAGUGUCCAGAUAUAACCCGCCUCUGACGGAUCAUAUUGCAUUAAGCCAGUGUAAUCAUUCUGGAAUAUUGUUAGGAUGUACAGUGCUAUUGUCUUUGACCUCUUGUUUUUUUUUCUAGGCUGAGGUUCAGAAUGACAGGGAUGGAAUUUGUUCCCCAAGAACAUUGUGAUCUGUUUGGAAAAUGGAACUUGCAGUGCCGUUAGUAGCAAGACAGGACAGUCUAUUCAUUACUGUUCCAAACAGGAACGUUUUCUUUGUAUUUUAAUACAGACAUUUUGCUAGCAAUAAA